AAUGUAGAUAAAAUUAAUGUUUUUUAAAUAAUUUCCUUUUUUUGUGUACGCGCUGAUAAAGUCGUGAAGAGAAACGCGCGUUAUGAGAUAAAAAUAUAUUUACGGUUAGUUUGGUUGCUUGAAGAAAAAAAGGCGGGCGAUUGAGAAGGAUAAAGAAAAUAUAUAUUUAUAUAUUCAUAAGCUGUGUGAAACGCAAAUUAAAUUAGUGCAAUGUGAAUGAAAUGCAAAAUAAGCAAUGUGAAGAAAAUUUUCACGCGCAGCAUCGGCAGCAACAUCUCAGCCAGAGCAUCCUUUCAGACGUUGAUGCUCAACUAAAUGGCAAAGCCACGCAGAAAACGCUUCCGUUUCCAGUUAAAGCAAAGGCGGAGCAGCAGCAACAACAACAGUUAACCAAUGGGCGCAGCAGCUAAUCGAGCCAAUAGAAUGGAUAAACGUUCGCUCUGCUACCUCAUCAUAUGCUUUAAUAUAUUUGUGCUCUGCUUCUGGCUGGUGAGCGUGGAGCCGCAGCCGACGGCAGAGGAAUCAGCAGCAGCAGCGGCAGCAAUCACAACUCAAACGAGUGCCAAUGGCAGUAAACCAAACCAAAUAAACGACUUAAGUAGCCCUAGUCGCACGCUUAGUACUUAUUAUAAUCGUAGCCUAGUUAGUCUAGACAAAGCGGCCACAGUCGCAUCCACGCCCACGCCCACACCCUCGCCCGCCUCGCAACCAACAAUAGCAACAGCAACAGCAACAAAUGCAGAUACUCAGCUGAUAGAUUUGCACAACUUUGCGUAUCUAAUGACGCAAGAGCCUUGCGCAACGCACAUCCAAGCGCUGGUGCUGGUGCAUACGGCGCCGCGUAAUGCAGAGAAACGUGCGCUCAUACGUCAGACGUGGGGCAGUCAACGCAUGAGCUCGCAUGGCUCACCGCUGCGCGUCAUCUUUCUGCUGGGCGCCGUGCCCCAAGCGCAGCAGCAGCUGCAACAUGCUCUCAAGCAUGAGAAUGCGCGUCACAAGGAUAUGGUGCAGGGCAACUUUCAGGACGCGUAUCGCAACAUGACGUACAAACAUGUGAUGGCGCUCAAGUGGUUCACCCAGAAUUGUGCGCAGGCGCAGCUGCUCAUCAAAGUGGACGACGAUGUGUUUGUGAAUACGCCGCAGUUGAUCAAAUUGCUGCGCGAACCCAACAGCAAUCAAACAACUGCAACAAGUGGCACAGCGUUGCGUAUGCUGCUGCAACAGCGACGCGAUCUAAUGUUCUGUCGUCCUGUCUCCGGGUCAAGAGUCAAGCGCAGCUAUCGCUCCAAAUGGCGUGUGAGCUUCAGCGAAUAUGCUGCCAGCUAUUAUCCCACUUAUUGUCCUGGCUUUGCCAUAGUCUACUCAGCGGAUGUAGUGCAGCGACUUUAUCAGGCCGCACAGCUGUCCAACUACUUCUGGGUGGACGAUGUGCAUAUCACGGGCGUGCUGGCUGAGAAGACAAACACCAGCAUCACCGAUCUGCAGCCCUUUGUGCUAUACGAAGCGGACUGCGAGCGUCUGUUGAGCGGCGAGCGCGAGCUGGAGCAGCAGCAGUUUCUGUUCACCUGGCACAGCAUUGGACUGGAGCAGAUCAGCGCGCUCUGGCAGCUCUACAUUAGUCAGAACUACACGCUUACGCAGCGCAGCGUGGAGCCGGACAGCAUUACGGAUACGGGCUUUAGCUAGCUGCAAUAAACAAGCAUUUGGCUUUAGUUAUAUUUCUUCGUUUUCGACUGGUUUGACUUUAGCAUGUAAUUAAAUUUUAGCUAGAACAAGUUGCAAGAGAGCAAGUCAAGUGUACCACCAACCAACUGUCUACAAUCAUUCGUAGUCUACAUCUAUAAAAACAAAAUACUUAAUUAAUUAAUUAAGUAAUUUAAUUAAGCUUACAUUGCUUUAACAAAUUCUAUAUAUAGUCUAUAUAAUUGUACGUACUGAACCCCUAACAAAUUGGCGAAUAUCAAAGCAAAUCAUUAUCAAAUUUUUAGCAAGCAUGACAUAGGGAAAUUAUUUAGUCUGAAUUGUUUGAUUUAAAAAAAAAACUAUUAAUGUACUUAAGCUAAGCAUUGUUGUUAAUACAAUUGCGCACACAACCACACACACAUUUCAAUUCUUAGGCUUAAUGUAUGUGUAUUCAUUUAUCGCUAGUUUAAAUAACUAUUUAAUAUUUAUUUAAACUGCAUAGCGCCAACAACAAACAACAAAAUUCCAUAUUCUUUAGCACUAACAAAUUUUCAUAUCGUUAGCAUAAAAUGUAUAAACAAAAAAUACAAGUAUUAAAGUGGGAACAUAAAUGCCAGGAAACGGUAACAAAAAAUAAAUGAAUAUUCAAAUGGAAAAGUUAAUUGGGGAAUGUAACGAAAAACUUGUAACAAAUGAAAUUUAUUAAUGUGAAUGUGAAUUAAUUAAAUGUUCAAGUUUGUCAGAAAUUAUAUA